AUGGCGGCGGGCGGCUGGCUCGCGCUGCGCCUGGCUGCCCUGGCCGCCUGGGCUCUCUCGGCCGCCAGUCACGUCGAGGAUCAAGCAGAACAAUUCUUUAGAAGCGGCCAUACAAACAACUGGGCUGUUUUGGUGUGUACAUCCCGAUUCUGGUUUAAUUACCGACAUGUGGCAAACACUCUUUCUGUUUAUAGAAGCGUCAAGAGGCUAGGUAUUCCUGACAGUCACAUUGUCCUGAUGCUUGCGGAUGAUAUGGCCUGCAACGCCCGAAACCCCAAGCCAGCCACGGUGUUCAGCCACAAGAACAUGGAGCUCAACGUGUAUGGAGAUGACGUGGAAGUGGACUAUAGAAGCUACGAGGUAACCGUGGAGAACUUUUUGCGGGUAUUGACUGGGAGGGUGCCACCUAGUACUCCUCGCUCAAAGCGUCUUCUUUCCGAUGACAGAAGCAAUAUUCUCAUUUAUAUGACAGGUCAUGGGGGAAAUGGCUUCUUGAAAUUCCAAGAUUCUGAAGAAAUCACCAACAUAGAGCUUGCGGAUGCUUUUGAACAGAUGUGGCAGAAAAGACGCUACAAUGAGCUGUUGUUUAUCAUCGAUACUUGCCAAGGCGCAUCCAUGUAUGAGCGGUUUUACUCUCCUAACAUCAUGGCCUUGGCUAGUAGCCAAGUAGGAGAGGACUCGCUGUCGCAUCAACCAGACCCGGCAAUUGGAGUUCAUCUCAUGGAUAGGUACACGUUUUAUGUCUUGGAGUUUUUGGAAGAGAUUAAUCCAGCUAGCCAAACUAACAUGAAUGACCUUUUUCAAGUUUGUCCCAAAAGUCUCUGUGUGUCUACUCCCGGACAUCGCACUGACCUUUUUCAGCGAGAUCCUAAACAUGUCCUGAUAACGGAUUUCUUUGGAAGUGUGCGGAAAGUGGAAAUCACAACAGAGACGAUAAGCCUGCAGCCGGGUUCUCCAGUGGUGGAGAGCAGCUUUGAGGAAGACAGGACGAUGGAGGAACCCUCAGAUCCUCUCAAGUAUGUGGAGCAGCUCCCGGUGGCUCAGAUAAUACACCAGAAACCGAAGCCAAAGGAUUGGCACCCUCCUGGCGGCUUCAUCCUGGGAUUGUGGGCGCUCAUCGUCAUGAUCUUCUUCAAGACCUACGGAAUCAAGCAUAUGAAGUUCAUCUUUUAGACAUCGAGAUGUAGGAAGAAGAGUAAAUGGAGGAUUGCAGCCUUGGAUAAAAGCAUAGUUUUUUUGUUGUUUUGUUUUGGUUUGUUUUACAUAUUUUUAAAUGUGUUGCUUUUGUGUAAAUUUGGGAAGAAAUUAGGAAAAAUGAAUUUUAAUGAGCUUUUGACUUUAUCAUUUAAAAUAUUGUUAAUGCACUUGUUUAUUUUAUUGGCCACUGAAUGUGUGAGUGCAUGUGUCUUACAGAAACUGUGGGACAAUGACAUUGGGACACAUUGAUUGAUUCUUUUUAUCCUCUUUUCAUUGUAAAAGUGAGAAUUGUGAAGGGUUAAUUACCACUAAAGAGUUAACUUGUGUU